AUUUGAAGAUAUGGUCGUAAAGCUUAGAUUUGAAGAUAAGAAACUUGCAGAUAAGACUGCAAGAUCACAAAUUUAUGCAGAAAUGAGGCCAUAUCUUACUGGCAUUUCUGAUAGAUAUUUACAUGUAAUGACCUGUAAAGCAAGAAAAAUCAAUAAGCUAUUUGGCUAUGAAUAUGACUCUGUAACUCUAAAAAAAAGUGAUGGUAUACCAGGGUAUAUGGUUAAGCAGGUCACUUGUAAUGCUGACAAAAUUUCAAAACUCACUAAUCCCAAAUCGAAUACAUCAUAG